AAACUAAUAAUAAUGACAUUUGUCGGUGUGAGUGAGCUGUACGCGUAUCUUCCCCUUCUGCUUCUGGAUCGAGCGAAGCAUUUUCCUCCGACAAUGUAUUUUUAAUUAAGACAAUGCUUCCGCAUUAUUGGGUUUAGUUUCUUUUUUUAAUUAGGGUUCUUCAGAUCGAAUAUCCUUUCUCAUCAUGCUAAAGAUCUGAUCUUUCUUCAGAUCCGUAAGUACACACAGAGAGAGAGAGAACUACAAAGACCGUCUUUUCAGACAAAAAAAGGAACAAACUUUAAUGGUCGUCGCAACUCUCUAACUGAAAAUCUAAACGAGAAAAUGGGUUCGCCGGCGCACAAAAGACCCUCCGGAAGCGGCGGCGGAGGACUCCCGACUUCAACGGCACCAAACGGCGGAGGAGGAAGAGGCGGUCGCGGCGUGUUGCCACGUGGCAGACAGAUGCAGAAGACGUUCAACAACAUCAAGAUCACGAUCCUCUGCGGGUUCGUCACCAUCCUCGUCCUACGCGGCACAAUCGGCGUCGGCAACCUCGGAAGCUCAAGCGCCGACGCUGUUAACCAGAACAUCAUCGAGGAGACUAACCGGAUCCUAGCCGAGAUCCGGUCCGAUUCGGAUCCAACCGACUUGGAAGGGCCUCAAGAAACAGAGAUGAGUACCAACGAGACGUACGCUCUGGGGCCAAAGAUCACGGAUUGGGAUAGUCAGCGAAAGGUAUGGCUCGACAAGAACCCUGAGUUUCCCAGUACUGUUAAUGGCAAAGCUCGGAUCUUGUUGUUAACAGGGUCUCCUCCUAAGCCAUGUGAUAACCCUAUUGGUGAUCAUUACCUCUUGAAGUCUGUGAAGAACAAGAUUGAUUACUGUAGGCUCCAUGGGAUCGAGAUUGUUUAUAACAUGGCUCAUUUGGAUAAGGAGCUCGCUGGGUAUUGGGCAAAGUUGCCUAUGAUUAGGAGGUUGAUGCUGUCUCAUCCGGAAGUUGAGUGGAUCUGGUGGAUGGAUAGUGAUGCUUUGUUCACUGACAUUCUGUUUCAGAUCCCUUUGGUUAGGUACGAGAAGCAUAACCUGGUGAUUCAUGGUUAUCCGGAUUUGUUGUUUGAUCAGAAGUCGUGGAUCGCGUUGAACACUGGUAGCUUUUUGCUGAGGAAUUGUCAGUGGUCGUUGGAUUUGUUGGAUGCUUGGGCUCCUAUGGGACCUAAAGGACCGAUUCGCGAUGAGGCCGGGAAGGUGCUGACGGCUUAUCUUAAAGGAAGACCGGCUUUCGAGGCGGAUGAUCAGUCGGCUUUGAUCUAUCUCCUGCUUUCUCAGAAAGAUACAUGGAUGGAGAAAGUGUUUGUGGAGAAUCAGUACUAUCUACAUGGGUUUUGGGAAGGUUUGGUCGAUAAGUAUGAGGAGAUGAUGGAGAAGUAUCACCCGGGGUUAGGUGAUGAGAGGUGGCCGUUUGUGACGCAUUUCGUUGGAUGCAAGCCGUGUGGUAGCUACGCUGAUUACGCGGUCGAGAGGUGCUUGAAGAGCAUGGAGAGGGCUUUUAACUUUGCGGACAAUCAAGUGCUGAAGCUGUAUGGUUUUGGACAUAGGGGAUUGUUGAGCCCCAAGAUUAAGAGGAUCAGGAAUGAGACGGUUACUCCGUUGGAGUUUGUAGACAAGUUUGAUAUCCGCAGAACAACGCAAGUGGAAACCAAACCACAGAACUAGAGGAGCUCUUCAUGGACACGUAUAGGUAAUAUAUAUGACACUUACAAAUGCAAAGCAAAAUUUGUUUGCCUGUACUUGCUACUUCAUUGUUUCUUCUGCUUUUUUUUGUUUUUGUUUGUUGUUGUUUGCAAAAUUCUUUUUUUUUUCCAUAGAUGUUUUUGUUGUGUUUUCUUCAGUCUAUAUACUUUGUCAUUGCUCGUGCAAGUCUGUCACUUGAACUUGUUGGCAACUAUUAACUUUGGAAGAAAAGUUAUAGAAUCCAUGAUCA